AUGUCGGCAUUGAAGAGAACCAAUUUAAACUCUGUCGUUCAAUUGAGAACUACAGUAGAUGACAAUCUCAACACUUCGUUAUCAGCGUUGGGCUACAAUGAAUCGUUCACUCUUAUAGACACAAAAAUAGCAUUGGGUUAUCUGACUGCUAUAAUAGCUGGUGGGUUGUACUUCUACGACAAGAAGUACGGAUUCGACGAGACUUUCAACCUCACGGUUGUAGCGGUUUUGGCAUAUUUUGCUAUAAGUGGAAUAUUAUGGUACUACACCUCAACCCCUCAAUAUAAAAAUGUGAAGUACGUUGGUUUCAACGACAAGAAAGAGAAGAUCACCAUUGCCACUUGGACUUCCAAGUUCGAGCCCGUUUACUACGUUCAGAUCACUACCUCGGAAGGUCAACGAAUUGACGCUCAGUUUGAGUUUAUGAAGCUUUUUGACGGUAUGGGAUACUAUAAAGAAGAGCAGUUAACUAAGCUUAUCAAGGCGGAACUUGAAAAGGUCAACAAAAAGAGCAUAUAG